AUGGCCAACACCAUGAAUAAUUACAGCUUGGACUACGACGGCAGUCGCGAUGAGGAUCCACGCGACGGCGUUUCGCACAUCCAGCUCGCCCACUCUUCUCAGGACCCCUCUUUGAUGGGCUUCCCCAGCUCCCACGUCGGCAAUUAUGCCUUCGGAGCCAUGUUGCCGCACGACGAGGAGCUGCCCUUGCAGGCCUUUGACCGGCCCGCCGGCGGACAGGGGAACCUGGAGGGUCGUCUCUCGAACGUGAUGCUGGCCUACGACGCCGUACCGAGCACAGAAGUGUCCAUGCCCAUGAACCUGGACGCCGGAAGUGUCUUCGCCUACGACCUAGCGGGCAACUACCCCGCGUCGACGAUGGGACUGGCACCGCCAAUGGACCAGCAACAGCAACAACAGACCCUCCAGCAGACCUUCUCGCCGUUCCCCCAAUCCAUGCCUCAGUAUCUCCAGCAAUCGCCUGCACCGUUAGCUCACAAGGAACCUUAUAAUACUAGCACCAACUCCACAGGGAGCUUCGACGAUUCGGAUUUUUCUCGAGGUAGUGAUCCGUCCCAGGGUCGCCAACCACAGCCGCUCCAGGAGCGCCAGCGCUUCCCGCAAUAUAAACAACCGGCAGCUCCUUACCGGGGAACACAGCCGGUGGCUAUCCAGCCUAAAAAGCCUGUUGUGGCUAGAGAUGACCAUCAUUCGCCAGGAUUGGACACUCCUGAUGCUGCCCACCAGAGUGAACAUACCGGCAUCUAUUCAAGCAGUGGCUUCGAUGUCCUAGGAGUUCUAAGCCGGGUUGCCAUGCGGCCCAAACCGAAGAUCAAUAUCGGAGCCGUGGACUUAUCCUGCGCCUUCGUGCUCUGCGACAUCACCAAACCGGAUCAUCCCAUUGUCUAUGUAUCAGAAGCCUUCGAGCGACUUACCGGAUAUACCAGAAAUGAAAUUAUCGACCGAAAUUGCCGAUUUCUUCAAGGACCUGACGGGAAGGUUGGUGCCGGGGAGAAGCGAUCUUUCGUGGACGGACAGACUGUCCACCGCCUGCGAUCAACUAUUCAAGAUCGUACGGAAAUCCAGGCUAGUAUCAUCAAUUAUCGGAAGGGUGGACAACCCUUCGUGAAUUUGAUUACGAUGAUUCCAAUCCAGUGGAAUUCGGAGGAUUAUCGGUUUUAUGUCGGAUUCCAGGUCGAUCUAGUUGAGAAACCUGAUGCUAUCACCCGACGAAAUCCUGAUGGUAGCUAUUCCAUCAACUAUCAGCGGGACCAGCUGCCUCAAUACAUAGUCCCUCCGCCGGAUGCGUAUAGUCUCCGGCCAGACCUCCUCACCCAGUUUGGACAUGACCAAGUGACUGCCAUAUUGAAUGCAGCCGGUGUUCCUGGGUCCGUAGUCUCACGCAACUACCUGGAUCGCAUCCUAGUGGAAAAUACAGACGACGUGAUUCACGUGCUCUCGUUCGACGGCGAGUUUCUAUACCUCUCUCCAUCUUGCAGCAGACUCCUCGAGUACGACCCCAUUGAGCUGGUUGGCAAGACUCUCUCAACCAUCUGCCACCCCAGUGAUAUUGGCCCCGUGAUCCGUGAUCUAAGGGCCAGCACCACUACGGCUCCAGUGAGUGUCGUCUAUCGCAUUCGCCAAAAGUACAAGGGUUAUAUGUGGUUCGAGAGUCACGGAGCAUGGCAUAUCGAUCCCCAGCAAGGCCGCAAGUAUCUUGUGAUGACUGGCCGCCCUCGACCCGUUUACUCCUUGGAUCAAAUCGCACUUCUUGGAUCCUCGGCCGCAUUGGCUGAAAACGAUGUCUGGGCUAAAGUCUCCUUGUCUGGCGUCAUCCUCUUCAUAACAACAAAGUCGAAACCCGUACUCGGACGUCCACCCGACGACCUAGUUGGCAAGGCCUUGUAUGAAAUUAUGGAACCCGAGGGCGGUCCAAAUGUCAUAUCGGAUGCUCUAGAAGCUGCCGCCAAUCGCCCCGGCCCCGAGUCGGACGACAACAAGCCUUACGAACCACCCUCAUUCCGACACACAAUGCGGCACAAAAAGGGACAUACCCUCUCCGCGCACACAACUCUUUAUUCAGGAGACACCCCACAGAGAUCCCGUCCCUCCUUCCUCGUCGUGCAAAUCCGGUUCGCCCGCGCAUUCCCGCCCUCACCAACCGCCAUAGCCGCCGGCGGAGACGAAAGCUCCGCCACCAUGCCGGGCUCCUCCAAAACCACAACCCUCAGCUUCAAAGUCUCAGAGCCACCCCAGCAAUAUGGUGCUCUUGGCCAACACAUCCCCGACCUCUCCUCGAUCGUGGGUCUAAAUGGUCUCCCAACCGGAAACAGAAGCAUCUCUCCGUCCGACGCACCGGCGACCUUCUUCACAGAACUAAACCCCACCCGCGGCUCAAGCUGGCAAAUUGAGCUUCGCGAGUUGGAGAAGCAGAAUCGUACAUUAUCGGACGAGCUGCAAAGACUCCUCGCCCGAAGGAAGAAGCGCAAACGCAAGCAGAAUGCUAUCUCCGUCGAAAAGGACUGUGCGAUGUGCGGGACAAGGAAUACGCCGGAAUGGCGGCGGGGACCCAGUGGAAACCGGGAUUUGUGUAACAGUUGUGGAUUACGCUGGGCGAAGCAGAACCGGAGUCAGACUCAGGGCCAGGCUGCGGGGGCAAUUCCUGCAUUGCCGGCAACUUCUGCUGCUUGA